GAAGAAGAAGAAGAAGACCGUAACGUCACCGCAGCACCGGAAGUUUUUGUUAGCAGAGGAAGAUAAAAGCUACCAAGAGUUUUCUUUCUGUAUUUACAGUUAAUACAUCGGAGACAUGGUUUGUGAAAAAUGUGAGAAGAAGCUUGGCAGAGUGAUCACUCCGGACACCUGGAAGGAUGGAGCCCGGAACACAACAGAAAGUGGAGGGCGCAAGUUAAAUGAAAACAAGAUGCUGACAUCUAAAAAAGCCAGGUUUGACCCUUACAGCAAGACGGGCUUUGCUAUCUGCAGGAUCUGCAAGAGCUCAGUUCAUCAGCCUGGAUCUCACUACUGCCAGGGCUGCGCUUACAAGAAAGGAAUCUGUGCGAUGUGUGGAAAGAAGGUUCUGGAAACCAAGAACUACAAGCAGACGUCAGUGUGAUGCGUUGCUGGUUUGCAUGAGUGCAGGAAGAGAAAAAAUAGACUGAGAAAGAGGCAUCAGAAGUGACACCGUUCUCUUUAUUUCGGAUUAUUGUAUCACAUCACUGGAAAUGUUCCAUUCACAUGCAGACAGCGCCAGCUCCAAACAGAUCACCUGACUCUAAAAUAAUGGAUGCUGAAGAUUUUUGUCCGAUUUGUAAAUCCAGUACCUAAACUAACUUUUCUUCCUUUUUUAGUUUUAUGUGCAUGUAAUAUAUUGUGUUAAACUUGAGUGAAAUAAAGUUGCCAGUUUGGCAAAAUGGUUUGUUUCCCUCCAGCCA